CUUUACCGUUUCUCCUCUGAUUCUUCUGGAGUCAGCACUUUGGUUAAACCACUGGAUUUUGUGUAUCUACCUGGCGACUCAGAUAUCGUUUGUAUUAAUGCUCUGCAGGAUCCUGUGCAUAACGAAUACAUCGUUGGAGUGGGAUUCGUCACAGAUCAACAAAAAGGUUACUUAAAUAUCUAUGGUUCGAGUUCACAGGAGAAGCUGUCUGAAUGUUAUCUGCGGUAUUCUGAGCUCUCUUGUGUUCCGCUGCAACUCACUCACACGUAGUGCGUACUUAUGGGCGCGCAUACAUCAUCCAAUGAGGCUCCUGUUCGAAUAUUCGCAAAACUUCGUGACACGGCUACUGAAUCUGGGGAUGGCUUCGAUGCACCCGGAAUGGCACCCAACGAUGCCGUCAAUCCGCCUCCCACCGAUUCCUCUGGCAGUGCUUAUGGCGAGUUGAACACAGAAUCGGCGCACAGGCUGUUCCCGGAACUCGCUCUCAUUCCUCGCGUAACGAUUCUCUACAUGAAUUUUAUGCUCGUCAACUGCGACUCACCGAUUCGCAUCUCCGCUUUUGGUGCUGAAGAUGGCUGGAUUGGUGUAUUUCAAACAAAUAUGACUGAUCGGGGUGAGUAUGUCUGA